AUGGAGAAGGAUGUGCGCUGCGCUUAUCAAGGGCUGACACUCGCGCACCCCCGCACACGCACCCCGCACACUCAACCCGCCAUCGCAUUCCCCCGGCAGGUGAGCGACAAUGCAUCUCUUCGUCAUCACUUUGACGAUCUGAGCAUCGCGCUCGCAGAGCCCGAGACGGAAAGUUCUUGGCAGAGAUUGGAUCGGGCAUUGUUGACCUUGGAAGCCAUCACAAAGGGUGGAGCUUACAAGUUGGAAGAGUAUGUGCCCAGAUUAAAGGCCAUUGCUCACAAUAUCUGCGAUGCGCUUCUAUCGGACAGGAGCAAAUUAUCGGGCACAGCAGCCGAUCUGCUCAAUUCCGUAGCCCCUCGCCUAGCAGACCGAUUCGAUUCGCUGGUCAGCUCCUUUCUGCCUUCCCUCUUGCAACUAUGCGCUCGCACAAACAAGGUCCAGCACACUCGAGCUCGCAAGACGCUGCUGCUCAUAGCCAAGCACUGCAGAUUAUCCUCCCUCUUGCCCCUUCUCAGGGAAUCUAGCAGGGACAAGUCCAACGCGUUGAGAAGCGCUUGCGUCGAGUGCGCCGCUGUGCUGCUCGAGAGCUGCGAGGGCGAUGCGGGCAGGAUCGGUAGGAGAGUGGCAGAGGUGGAAUUGCUGGUCAAGAAUUCGGCUACGGAUGCCAAUGUGGAAGUGAGGGGAUUGAGCAAGCGCUUGUUCGGCACGUAUGUCAUCCUCUGGCCCCAGCGCGUAGAGAGGUGA